AUGUCUGCAAUACAAGCACUUCCAUUGCCAGAGGAAGCAAAGAAGAACAUUGGUGAUCUUGAAUUUUUUUGGAAUAAGAAGAAUUGGAAAUCAUUUUCAGUUUUGAGUGGCAUUCAGGAUCUAUUAUAUGUAAGGCUCCUAAUGGCUUGGUUUGAGCUGGUUUGA